GGGUACCGAUGGAUGUGGCUGCGAGCCCUGAACGGGACCCUCACUCUCCAGAGGAUGAAGAGGAGCAGCAGCAAGGGCUCUCGGACGAUGACAUUUGGAGAAAAAUUGGGUUUGAUCAGGAUUUGGACAAAGCUGCAGGGAGGGCUUCUGGUUUGGAGGAUGAAGAAAAUGCUGUCCUGGGACUGAGCCAGGAGGAAGAGGAAAGUCGCUCUGAUGAGGAGGAUCAGGACCAGGACUCUGAGCCUCAGGAGCUGAACAGGGGCCCUACGAGCCCCCCACAUGCAGAGGAAGGGGAUGGGGGGGAGGAAGACCGCACAAGUGAUCUGAGGGACGAGGCCUCCUCGGUCACCAGGGAACUGGACGAGCAUGAGUUAGACUAUGAUGAGGAGGACCCUGAAGAGCCAGCCCCCACUGGGCAGGAGGACGGAGCAGAGAAGGCUGGGGCAGAGGAGGAUGAGGAAGAGGGAAAGGCCGAUGUCCACAGUGUGGAAGGAAAGGAGCCCCUGGAGGCAGCCAAGGAGAACAAAAAUGAGGAGGAUGACGACGGGGAGAUGGAUGAUGAUGAUCUGGAAGAGGGCGAAGUAAAGGACCCCAGUGACAGGAAGGUGAGACCUCGUCCCACCUGCCGAUUCUUCAUGAAAGACGUUAAAGGGAACUGUACCUGGGGAAUGAACUGUAGGUUUAUACACCCUGGAGUCAACGACAAGGGCAACUCCUCCCUCAUCACCAAAGCCGAACCUUUCCCGCCUAACGGUGCCCCACCUCUCGGACCUCACCCACUGAUGCCUGCGAACCCUCGGGGUGGGCCCGUAGUUGAUGAAAUGUUGCCUCCACCCCCUCCAGGACCCCCCACAGAGAGCGCCUGGGAACGAGGACUUCGGAGGGCAAAGGAGGUUUUAGAAAAAGCAACCAUUGGAAAAGAACAGGAGCCUGAUUUGGAAGAGAGAAGGUUUACUGUGACCAUUGGUGAGGGUGAACGGGAGUUUGACACGGAAAAUGCUGUUUUCCGAGAUUGGGAUUACCGGAUUACAAGAGGUGCCAGAGACACAACACUUGGGCCGUAUGCAGAUCCUCAUCAUGAUCAUGAAAUAGGCCGGUUCCGGGGGGGCGGGCGGAAUGAGAACUUCAGGGUGCGAUAUACAGAAGCAGAGCCGCGCCAGAAUUACCGACGGGAAAGGGAGCGAGACCCAGUGCGCGACAAGGAGCGGCGGCGGCGGGAGGAGUGGGCGCGAGAGCGAGCCAAAGGGGACGAGGAGGACAGACAGCACCCAGACAGAGAGAAGGAGCCAAAGCCCCGCUCCCCACCGCCCCCAGGCCGACACCCGUCUCCCUCCGCGGGGCCACAGGUGAAGCGAGCGGAGGCGUGGAAAGACCCCUGGCGCCGGGCCAAGUCUCCCAAGAAGAAACUGGGUGCCUCGGCCUCCCUGAGCCGCGCACGAAGGCGUCGAAAACAGUCAGCCUCCUCGGCCUCUGCCUCCCAUGCCCCCAGGUCGUCCUCACGGUCCUCCUCCUCCUCCUCCUCCUCCAUGAGGUCAUACUGGAGCAUGACCAAUAUGACUGUCCUCAUGAAAAGAGGAGGGGGAGUCCCACAGGGGAAAUGCCAGUUGGUGACAGAGGCAGAGCUUAGAGGGAUACAGAUACGAGCUAAGGAACGCAAAGGAUUGAUGGUCAGCACCAGAAGCUGCCAUGUUGCUAAGUUUUCUCAGUCCAGGGAGAUGGGGAGACACCGCAGGAGGAAAUGGUUUGUUUCCUGUUCAGCCAGCAUCACCCAAAAGCCACCACCUUCUGCCUGCAACCGCAUUGGACAACGUUUGGUGAAGACAUCUGAUGAGGCACCUCCCUGGGAAAAGCCUUUCCUGGCAUCUUUCAGAGUGGACUUCCUGCAAGUUCUACCGGAACCACAGCAAUCCCACCAUCACCCAGCAAGCACAGUCAUGGUCUGGGUCUCAUUUCUGGUUGUUACAGAAAAACCGGACCAGAUCCUAACCAGAGAGUUUGGAGUUACACUUUAUUCACCACGGCGGGCUUAG